AUGGCGACGAGCGAAAAUGUGACCGUCUACAACCUUCCCCCGAGCCCGCCCAAAUGGGACAAAGUCGGCAUUUUCUUCGUCUCCUUCUGCGGCACCUGGAGCACUCUCGUUUUUGCGGGAAUGAUAUUUUGCUGGCUCAAUCGUCGAAAUCCCAUCCUGAAAAUUCGCGGGCUUCCCCUCUCUUUCUCAGCCAUUCUCUUGCUGCAUACCUCCUGGAUACUCGCUCAACUCAUUUACCCUUUUGGAAGGACACUCCCGACUGUCGUUACGUAUGACAUCCAGUACUUCUUCAUGGGUAUCUGGUUCCCCCUCGGUAUCGCUUUGCUUCACGCUUCAAACAGCCGUCUCAUCUAUAUUGCCAAGCUGCAGAGACAGUUCGCCAGUCAACCUCUGGUUCGGGUGAAGUGCAAUGGUGAUUCUUCGGUGCUCUGCCGUUUUAGAAAUUUUGACUACACGUCCAAAGUCAUGAUCCUAGCCAAUGCUGGCAUGAUCUUGCAGGUCGUGUUCACUAUCAGCAUGUGGGUGGCUUGUCGCAAGUAUCACCCUGCCUAUGGAAUCCCAGGUACUGGGAUCCACGGCGACAACCUUUCAGAGCAGAUAAGAAACUUGGGGAAAGGGUGGGAAUGGUGGCCAUCGGUUCUAUGGCAGGUCCUUUGGGCCUGGAUCGUAGCACCCAUUCUGACCUGGCGGGCUUGGGGAAUCCAUGAUACCAUGGGAUGGCGCACCCAGACUAUUGGUUGCUGUAUCUCCAGCCUCCAUGCGAUGCCCAUGUUCUUAAUUGCGCAGUAUGUUCCAGCGUUCGAGUUUAUCAACAAUUACUUCCAUCCAAUCCAGUGGAUUCAUCUGUCCAUCAUGAUGUUCGAAGUAUUCACAGUCUUCAUCCCCGUCUUUCAAGUCAUCAAGCUGCAGAUGCAAUGUCGCAAGGCAGCUGCCUCCCACGCGAGGUGGGAAACAUCCUUCCAAGCCACCGCCAUAGGGUUGUCACACCUUUUCAGCCAAGUGCACAAAGAAUCAGCGAUGGCAAUGGAAGUAGGACCUAUGAUGGACCAUCUCCUUGGCGAAGAUAUGAGCGAUCAAGUAAGCACCAUGGGUGCGCUCGAGUUCGUGUUGGGAGCAAACCCAAGCCCCCUCCAGGACUUCUCUGCGCUCAACGACUUCUCUGGGGAGAACAUUGCCUUCCUCAGCCGAGUCACCAGCUGGAAGUCAGCUUACGCCGAUGCUAUCCAGGGGCCGCGGGAGCUGGAGGCUUACAACGCUGCGCUGCAGAUAUACACCGACUUCAUAAGCCCCCGUCAUGCGGAAUUCCCUCUGAAUUUGUCGGCGACACAGCUCAGGUGUUUCAAGGGCAUCUUCGAGGAGCCUGCGCAUUCGCUGUGUGGGGAGCCAGCCAUGAGCUCCGCCACUCCCUUCGACAUCGAGCAAUCACCAUCGCUUUCUUCACUGCCAAGGUCAAGCUUAGGGGAGAGCAGCGGCGCGCAAGAGGCGAGGGCCGGGUACAUGGGGGAGAUUCCGCGCGGCUUCAGCAAUUCCGUCUUUGACACCACCCACAGCAAUAUUCUGUAUCAGGUCCUGACUAACACGUGGCCCAGGUUCAUCGAGGAGAUGAAAGAGCGGAGGAGAGUGUCAGGCGAGACGGACUACGCCGAGUCAAAUGCCUCGUCACGGUCACUCAUCGGGCGUAUUUCAGGUCUUUUACGCACCACCUCCCGAGGUUGA